AUGUGGGCGCCCCUCGCGCUUCGCGACCUGGGCCUCGGGGGGGGAGAUGCGGUCUCGGGCCUGGAGGACCUGAGUGGUCCAGGCAAGCAGCUCGAGGCCGGCCCGGCGGGCGGCUCCAGGGACUCGCUGCGAGAGGACCGCCCGCCGGCGUGGGUGCUCAUCGUGGGCUUCGUGGCCGCCGGCCUGCUCACCACGGCGGCGGGCCUGGCGCUGUACCUGGUCUACGCGAGGUUCCAGGCUCACAUUGAGCACGCGUGCGGCUUGGGCGUGGCCCCCCCCGGCCAUGUCUGCUGCAUCUGCUUCGUGGUGCUCUCGGUCUCCAUCGACCUCUCCAUCAAGGCCGCAGCGGCAGGAGACGGUGGCCAUUACUCCUUCGAGCCGGCUGCCGCGGUUCUCGUCGUGGAGACGUGCAAGUUGAUUUUCUCGGCAGGCCUCUUCUCAGAGGUGUGCUUUCGAAGCAGGCGAGAGUCCGUCCAGAUCCAGCUGCCUUCUGUCUCCGACGUCGCAUGGCUGGCCCUUCCAGGUGCUGUGUACAGCGUAGACAUGGUUAUUGAAGAC